AUGCGUCGUCUGGUCCGUGUGGCAGCGGUGCCGUCUUCACUAGCCGUCAUCGUUCGCCGGAGGAGUUCAUCCGCGUGGAUUGCUAGGCUUCUCUAUGGCGCCAGAGCUUCUCCGCUUCUCGGCUCCUGGGACGUGUGCAGCAGCAGUAAGCAGCAGAAGCUUGACGACACGGCGCGGGAGCUGUACUGCAAGGCCCUUACACACGCAAGCGGGGGAGGGCGGUUAGCGCGGGAUUGGAUUGCCGGCUGCGUUGCCAUUGUGUGCCCCUCAGAUACGCUUCUAAAUAUUGCUCUCAAACACCCCGGGACGGAGCAGGACGUGGAGCGCUACCGCACGUACCUGCUCAGCACGCUCCGUAAGAGAAUGCAGGAGGGGCCGAACGAGGGUGCCGGCGUGGGAGGCGGCGGCGCGGCCUCCAGUAGCAGCAGAGAGGCGGUUGUCAAGAGACUUGGAAGCAUGCCGGAGGUGCGAUGUUUUGUGUACGACGCGACGCGUGCGGCGUGCUUCCACCGCUACAAUAAAGUGCCGGAGGAGGACCGGCAGCAGCUGGAUGCCGUGGCACACCGCCUCGGCGUGGACGAAGAGGUGACUCGCGGCAUAUGGCGGCUCGUGGAGAGCGAGGGGGCCGUGGAGCGGGAGAAGCAACGUGCCCUCGACCACCCGUGGAGCGACUGA